CCCCGCAGCCAAAACCCUAAAAAUACCCCUCCAUAUCUCUUUCCCCUUUCGUUUCCGCAGGCAACCCACACACAUACGCGCAAAAGCCUCUCAACAAUGGCGGCACCGGUGGAGUCCGUACAGUGUUUCGGCCGCAAGAAGACCGCGGUGGCGGUGACCUACUGCAAGCGAGGUCGUGGUCUCAUCAAGAUCAAUGGCUGCCCGAUCGAGCUCGUGGAGCCCGAGAUCCUCCGGUUCAAGGCCUACGAGCCUAUCCUCCUCCUCGGACGACACCGCUUUGCCGAGGUAGACAUGCGCAUCCGUGUCAAGGGUGGAGGCCAUACCUCCCAGAUCUACGCCAUCCGGCAAAGCAUCGCCAAGGCCCUCGUCGCCUUCUACCAGAAGUAUGUUGACGAGCAGAGCAAGAAGGAGAUCAAGGACAUCCUCGUCCGCUACGACCGAACCCUUCUGGUCGCUGACCCCAGACGCUGCGAGCCCAAGAAGUUCGGUGGUCGUGGCGCCAGGGCUAGGUUCCAGAAGUCCUACCGUUGAGACGGUUUUUCUACUUGGACUAAGUUCUACAUGCUUUGCUUUUGAUACACCAAUCCAUUUAUGUCGUCUUGACUUCUUUUGAAUUUUGUUCUUUUAGAAGGCCAUGGGUUCAAAAAUGGGGCAUGGAUUUUGGAUUGGAAUUAUUACGUAUUCGGCAUACUUUGUUUAAGAAAUUACCAAUAUUUUACUUUGUGAUGAAUUAGUUGGUUUGAUAAA